AUGAAAUUCUCAACUAUUUUCACAACUACAUUUUCAAUAUUUUCAAUUGUAAAUGCCCAACAACAACAAGGAAUUAGUCCAGUUUCAGAUCCACUUUCACUUGAAAUAGCAGGAAGAGAUUUAGAUAAACUUUAUCAAUUUCAAGAAAGAGAUUUACUUGAUGUUGUUGAAGGUUUAGUUUCUAAUAUAAAUGUAACUAGUAUUCUUGAUUCAAUUGAUUUUGAAAGUAUUGCUGGUUGGGUUGAUAGAAUUUUAAAUACUAAUGAUAAUGUUCAAUAUUUAGAUGAUUUACUCAAUUUUGUUGCCGAUACUGAUUUAGUACCAUUUUUAAUUAGUUGGAUAAUUAGUAAUAAUUCAACUAGAACUAUUGCCGGAGAAGUUGCCAUUGAUUUAUUAGGUGUUGCUGGUAAAUUUGAUUUGACUCCUGUAUUUGUUGCUUUAAAAGAUUCAGGUUUAGCUUAUACUUUAAUUGCUGAUUCAAUUAAAAAUCCACAUACUUUCCCAUUUGUCAAGCAAGUGGUUAUUGAUUUAUUAAGUGGUUCAGGUUCAGGAAGUGUAGCUACUACUACUUCAGCUAUUUUUGCUACUACUGGUACUACAGCUUUAACUUUUGCUACUACUGGUACUAGUUCUGCCAAUGGUUUGGGAUUAGGACUUUUUGGAAGCGGUAGUUCAGCUUCUAUUUCAUUAAGUGCUGGUUCUAUCAAUACUAAUAUUCAAUUCACUGAUGGUGGUGUUGCUACCAUGCCAGGUCCAGUUGUACAAUCAAGUACUUCUAUUGGAUCUAUUAAUACCGCUUCAUUAGCUAAUCUUUUCUCCCAAGCUGCUGCUGAAAACACUGAUCCUGAUACUAUUGUUGGUGAUACCGAAACUGUUGCCACUACUGUUGCCACUACUGCUACUACAGCUGCUACCUUAGGCAGUGGUGCUAUUACUUCAGUUAAUGCUCAAGCUACUGAAGUUAGUGGUGAUAAUUUCCUUGGGGUCACUGGUCCAGCAUUCCAAUCUGUUCCAGCUAGUCAAUUUGGUGCUGGUCCAACUUCAAUUAACCUUUCUGCUUUGGCUCAAAUUACUGGUGCUCUUAAUGGUAAGAGAGAAAACAUGGAAGAGGAAAGAGAUGAUCCAGUUGCUAGAGCAUUGAAUCAAAUGAGAAAGAAGAGGGAAGUUAAAGAUCCAGUUGCUAUGAUUUUAGAAGAAAUUAGAAAGAGAGAAAUUGAAGAUCAUGAAGUUGAACAAGCAAUGAGAAAAAUCAAAAGAGAUAAUAUUCAAAACUUGUUAACCACAAUUUUCUCCUCCGUUGCAAGAUCUGAUAUUUUAAAUGAAACUAUUGAUUAUUUGGUUACUGAUCAAAGAUUUGAAGAUAGUGUUGUUUUAAUUUUACGUGGAGUUUUUUCAAAUAUUGGAUCUACUUUAACUGGAGUUUUGAGUUUUGAUUGGGCUUCAUUAGCUCCAUUAGUUAGAGCUUUAUUUAAUUCUGGUUUAAUUACCGAUACCAUUUCCAGAGCUUUCAAUGAUCCUGAUUUGGGUCCAGCUUUAUGGAGUGAUAUUACCCUGUUGUUUAAAAGAGAUUUGAUGUUGAGAGAUGAAAUUUUAUCAGCUAUUAAUGGAACUGAUAUUACUUCAUUACCUAUUUCUGAAUUCAUCACUGCUACUGUUUCUUCCGAUACUACAACUACUGUUUUAGAUGGUGCUGAAGGUAUCCUUUCUUCAUUGGAAGUUUCUGAGUUCAUCAACACUUUAUCCAUCUCUGCUGCUGAUAAUUCCACUACCCCAGAAGUUUCUGUGGUUCAAUCUGCUGCUGGGUUUGCAUUAGGAACAAGUUUAUACACCAGUUUCUUUGCCAUGUUGACUAUUAUCACCAUGAUGCUUUAG